CGUUCAUUCGGGCUUGGACUGAAACACUGCUUGUUAUCAGGACGAUAUACGAGGUUACUCUCCAGCAGUGGUUCAGAAAGAUGUGGAGCUUUACCUCGGCCCGUUCCCAAAGCCGGCAAUUCAUAUUGAUCUUGACGUCUUCCAUCCAAGUUUCUUCUACCAUCCCAAAACUAAUUUGACAACGCGGUCUGCGUUGCUUGCCCGAGUGGAAUUCGGGUUUCGCAUCUCGUUAUCGCCCAUCUUCAAUUCGGUUUCCAGCUAUAGAUCGGGAAUCGCAGCCGACUUCUGAGAGCCUUGUGCUUCCCUCCCCGAUAGCCUACAAUGUCUUCAGAGUUCUUCCGGAUCGAAGAGCACGUGUUAGAAGGCUCGCACAUUCGCGGAUUCCCUCGAACCACGUCUACAACUCAGGAAGAGAUCCUGCAUCUAGCUAUCAAGCAGUAUACUCCGCUGAGCAACCCCAACCCGAAAUCUGGAGACAUCACAAUUAUCGCGGCGCAUGCGAAUGGAUUUCCCAAGGAACUGUACGAGCCACUGUGGGACGAACUCGUGAAGAUAUCAAGACAGCAUGGCUUUGGUAUCCGCGGCAUCUGGAUAGCAGACGUUGUUCACCAAGGGUGGAGUGGUGUCCUAAAUGAGGGCAAACUUGGAAACGACCCGGCAUGGCUUGACCAUAGCCGGGACCUUCUCCACAUGGUUAAUGUAUUCCGGAAAGACAUGCCUCGACCAAUAAUUGGUGUAGGCCACAGCAUGGGCGGCUGUCAACUUGCCAAUCUGGCUUUGCUCCAUCCACGAUUAUUCGAAACACUUAUUCUCGUGGAUCCCGUAAUCCAGCGUAUGGUAUCUCUCAAUGGCAACGUUGGGCCCGCCUUUUCUUCCGCCAUGCGCCGUGAUAGAUGGCCGUCUCGCGAAGAAGCUGCGAAGUCGAUGCUAAGGAAUAAGUUCUAUCAAGCCUGGGAUCCCCGAGUAUUCGACCGCUGGAUCAAAUUCGGUCUACGCGAUCUACCAACGGGCCUCUACAUGGAGCCCACAUCUACGCCAGGCCCCGUCCCAGCUGUUGUAUCCAGCGAACCUACCACCACCCCGAACCGGCCUCAGCCCAAGGAAGUCACCCUCACCACAACGAAACACCAAGAGGUCAUGACCUUCUUGCGCCCCAACUUUGCCUUCCGCCCCGGUGUCGACAAAGAGCCCUCCUCCUCGGUAUACUCUCUCGCCAACCUCACGGCUCUUAACCGACGAACGCAUCCGGACCUAGUACCCUGCCCUGUCCCACAAACCCCGUUCUACCGCGGUGAAUCAAUGUUGGUCUUCCAACAACUACCACACCUGCGCCCUUCCGUCCUCUACAUCUUUGGCGAACUGUCCUUCCUUUCCGACCCAGAGUGGAUCAAGGAAAAGUUGAGCAUGACUGGCACUGGGGUUGGAGGAAAUGGCGGCGUAAAAGAAGGACGGGUGGCGGAGAUCACGGUGAAGGACGCAGGGCAUCUUAUUCCAAUGGAGAAGGUUGAAGAGAGUGCACAGCAUGUAGCGAAGUGGAUUGGGAAGGAGAUGGCGAGGUACUGGGAGAACGAGAGGCUGACAGAGGAGGAGUGGGGAAACAAGAAGGGUGUUGAGAGGAGCGUGCUUUCGGAGAGGUUUGUGGAGGAGUUGAAGGGCUUGAUGAAGGGGAAGACGCCGCAGAGGAAGGAGAGUGCGUCCAAGUUGUGAGAGACGGGAUCUUAGACCAUAGACAGGCAGGUAUACACAACACCUGAAAAUAAUUUGAUUUUGGUUGGAUACACG